AAGAAAAAAAAAAACAAUUUCAUAUUGAUUCUAAACUUUAUAAUAUAAAAGGAAAAACCUAUUUGUUGUGUACUUAGAAGCAGAACAGAAAGUGAAUAAGGCUGAGAAGAGUGAGUCAUCAUCGUACCCAUCAUAUCAUCUGUCUCCGCCGUCUACCGUCGAACAUAGCAAUUAUGAAGCGGAAGAGGCAAAGGCAAUCUAAAAAAACAGAUUUGAAGCCAUCUAAAAUAACGGAUUUGAACUCUGAUGUGUUGAAACACGUUAUGUAUCAUGUUGCCGUAUCACCUGAUGGAGCUGGAAAUCUUGCCCGGACUUUAUCAGUCUGCAGAUUGUUCAAGGAACUUUCUGAUGAUUCUGACAUCUUAAAAGCCGUGGAAUUUGAUAAGGUUAAGCUUUCUGGUAUUCAUGAAUCAUUCUGGCAACCUUCUGGGAUGUUAUGUAGGUGCUUACAGACGGGAAAUCCAACUGCUUUCAAUGCAAUAAGAAAGAAUGCAGAAAUAUUGAAUGCUUCUUAUCAGAUUCUGAAGACGGACAUGUUCCGCGGAAAGAUGAUUCUUAUGGCAAGAAGCAGAGCUCUUGAAAUUGCAAAUACCAGGGCAAGAAAGAAGGCUCUUGAAGAUGCUAUAGAUAGAUGCACAAGCACUUUUGAUGCUGUUGAUGUUCAAAUCGAAAAAAUUGAGCAGUUUUUAGAGAUGUUGAUGGCUGUACUCAGAGUAAUGAGAGGAGGCGAGAUUGCUCAAUGAGGUUGAGCUGUUGCAGGGCUUUUUGAUGGUGCAUGAGUUAAACAUCUACAAAGACAAGCACUCGACAAAAUCCAAAUUCAGCAUUUGAGCCUUUCACUAUAUGUCGUGGAGCUUGCUGAGUGGUUAAAAUCCCCUUGUUGUCAUCGUCAGUGAAAUGGCAACAGUUAUAUCAAACAUAAUUAUCACUCCAAACUUGCCAAAUUUUGGUGCUCUCUGUGUAUCUGAGUCUUCUGCCCUUUUUCUUUUAACAUUUUGUAGUGUCGACUGAAAUAUCCUAGUUAUGAGGAUGUAAAUCCAUUUGAAAUUGGAGUUC